AUGACGCUCAACCUAGGCGACUCCGCCGACUGCGGCUUCGAGCUCUACGUGAAGUGCGCUGCGCUGACGGCCAAAGACGUGGAGCGGGAGUUCGGGAGAACGGCCAAAGCACUACACAUCAAACCAAUUGAGAUUCCAUCUCGGCCGACCUCGUUUACCGUCUAUUUGGUGAAGGCCUGCCCCGAGUCGAGAGGCAAAUAUCCAACAUUCAAGCUGUACCACCGCAAUAGCACCGUGGUCAGCGUCGGCUACCUCAAGCGAGAUGCCCAAGAGCUGUUCGAGAACCAGUCUACCGUGUUGUUUGGUGCUACCACUGCGGGCCAGGGUGGCGAGAUCUACCUCGACCUCACGCCUGGCGCGCGCUCGUCCAUCGCGACGUGGGCCGAGGCGCGUGGCCGCGCUGACAGGAUAGCGGAGACGAACGCCAAGAGGACCCGCGCUGGAUCGAAGAUCGGCGAGCAGGACGACGACGACGGAGGGGGCGAUGACAUCGAGGUGAUUGAGUUUGAGGAUGCGGCCUCGAGCAGCGUGCAUCCCUUCGGCUCAGAUGCCGCGGCGGAGUGCACUGGGGCCGCUUCCUCCAGAACUGACUCCAUCGAUCAUCAGCCUGGCAGCGCAGUGAAGAAGCAGCCGUCAAUGUCGCCGCGUGACAUGGGCGGUAAGCCUUCGAAAUCUUCGAGGACGGCCGCGGUGCCCACCGACAGUUACGAGCCCGAAAAGCAGAACCCGCACACGCUCGGCACAGUUGACUACUGGGUCUGGGAGCUGGCGUCCGAGAGGGCCUUCAACGGCCAUAAGAAUGGAAAAGCCGAGCACCAAGCUAGACAACUCGUCCAGAAGCUCACGGGCACGGAGCGCCGCACGCUGGAGACCCACUUGGAGCUCUACACCAAGGCGAAGGAAGCAUUGGCCAGGAUGACUGCCAUGAACGCCUGGGGGGACAUCAACAAGGCCGACCUGGUCACGGACAAGAUGAAGCAAUUGCUGGUCGGCUUCAUGGAGCGGUAUACCCUCGCAGAGUGGCUCACGACAGGUCCCAGCGCGGCUGACAACGCCAAGCUCUACUGCGAGGCAGCGGAGCUCGUCCUCGCAUCGCUGCCCGAAGAGGCGGAGUUCGGCGACCACUCUGCUACAGUUUACCUCGAGAUGACUUCAGCGAUUCGAGGGUUGCAGGCGACGUCCUUGACUGCUGACACUAACAUGCAGGUGUACGUGGACGCAGGGCGCUUGGAAGCUGAGGGCCGACGCGCAACUGGACAGCAGGGCGCGCAUCAGCUCGUGGGCCAGGCGCUCCUGACGAGCGCCAGCGACUUCUGGGCUAAGAAGUUGAAGUGGCUGGCGGAGCACGCAGAUGCCGUCGCGAAGAACGGCGGCCAGGUGAACUCGGCCAUCGCCGAGCUGGAGCGGAUGGACGCUAACCUGUCGGAGCAGCGCGCCAAGCUGCUCAAGCGCAUCGUGGGCGACGCACCGUACUGGGAGGCCGCCAUGCACACGGGCUGCGCGGACGAGUGCAAGGCCAUGGUCCUCAACAGGUCCAUCUUGCAGUGCAAGGCGCUCACUUCUGAUUGCGAGGGCAACGGCGACAUCGGCACGGAGGGCGGCGCCCAGACGACGGCGGUGACGAUCGCUUACAAGGAGUUGUUCAAGGACUUGUCCAACGUGUUCGCGGCGGACGAGCAAGUGGAGCGCUGCUCUCGUGCGCUCCAGUCCAAGAUAGCGGCCAUGGACCUCGGCGUGAAGCACGAGAUGUUAGCAGAUGCGUUGACCACGCGGAAUGAUGGUGAUGAGGAAUUGACUCACCGUCUGAAGGAUGCGUUACACAGCUGUCGCAUGAAGCCCUUGCCCGAGAAGCUGCAGGAGUCGUGCAACUCGUUAUGCGCCUCCAUCAUUGUCGACCUCCUCAAGGACGGGGCCGACUGGACUACGAAAGAUGGUUUCAUGUUUGAAGCGGAGCACCACGUGGAGGAGGGUUUGCAAGAUGCUACGCCUGCCGACGUCGAGCGCCGCGCCAGGGAACUGACCCGUGCCGUCCAGAAAGCGAACCACAACGCCCGCAGCACUGCCCUUGAGAAAUUUCACGCUGGCGCGUCGCUGCAGGUGGCUGACGCCGUGAACUCUGCGAGCGACCUUGUCCAGAGGGUCGGGGCGAAGAUCGCCGGCGCCCUGUGCGAGAAGACAAGGCUGGACUUCACGAACCUGAAGAAGAGCGCUGAGGAGGCGGCUGGCGUCGCUGAGUUCAAAAAGGAGUGCGACACUGCGCCCGUCAACGAGUGGCUCGACCAGACGUGCACCAUCGAGGGGGGCCUUGACGACCGUGGCGGGCAAGGCGACAGAGCGACCGCAGGCAUCACCGAGGGAAUCGUGGUCAUCCGCGCGCUCUGCAUGAGCGCAGAGCUCCUGAAGGCGUUCGGCACGGAGCCGCUCCAAGCUAACAAGAUAGCCAUGCGCAACAGCUGCAUGAAUACCCAGCCAAGCUCAGGAAGUUCGGCAUCCCGCCUGAGUCACUGCCGCGCGUCGUGGUGUCGCGGUACAGGGAUGCGCUCAAGAUGCGGGGAUCGAGUGCUGAAUCAGUUUGCCUUCGACCCUGCUGAACUUUAG